AUGGCACCAUUUGAAGCUCUGUAUGGACGACCUUAUAGAUCACCUGUUUAUUGGCUGAAACCAGAGGAUCAACUUACUACUGGGCUAGAAGUGAUUCAAGAGAAUAACGAGAAGAUAGCUGUGAUUCGAGAACGACUGUUAACAGCUCAAAGUCGUCAAAAGAGCUAUACUAACAAAAGGUGUAGGCCUUUGGAAUUCCAGGAAGACAACUUCAUUCUAUUAAAGGUUUUUACACGCAAAGGAGUUGUUCGUUUUGGAGUGAAAGGAAAACUUCCGCCAAGGUACGUUGGACCAUUCCCGAUCGUACAACGAGUUGGUGUCGUGGCAUAUCGUCUGGCCUUACUGCCUGAGUUAUCUCACGUGCAUGACGUGUUCCAUGUUUCCAUGCUUCGCAAAUGUCAACCUGAGCUAGAAGCGGUGGUGCAAUGGUAUGACGUUUUGACACAGUAUGACCUAACGUAUGAGGAGGCACCGGUUCAGAUUCUUGACCAGAAGAUGAAGAGUCUGCGUCAUCAUGAGAUUCCAUUAGUGAAAGUGUUAUGGCAGCACCAUGGAGUUGAGGAAGCAACAAGGGAGCUUGAAAUGACAAUGCAAGAUCAGUAUCCGCGUCUGUUUGCAUUUUGA